UCGAAAAUACAGAUGGUGAUGGCGGGGAAUUUCAGUCAUGUGACAAGUAGCAAAAUGGCGGACGCGGGGUAAUAUGUAUUGAUAAUGGGCAGUGGAUAAUGGGGUGCAUUAAGGCAUUUAUGAUGGGCUCACAAAAUCAAGUUAUAUAUAUAUCGAGUGAUACGGACGAGAGUGAUGUAAUAGACAUAUCUUCCGAUGAAAUUGAAGUUUUAGAUAUACAUCCUUUGGCUGCAUCUUCUGCAACUUUUCAGACUUCUGCUGUCAAAGAAUCUCCUUUCGCAGCUACAGCAAAUAAUUUGCCAAAUACAUCAAAAGAAAGUGCAAGUUUCAGUGAAGACGAUUCGUUUCAUCGCUCAUCCAACAGUAGAUGCCUGAAAGCCUCGUUCGGUGAAAGCACGAAAAUAAAACCUGCAAGUGGUUACCCGACAUUGGAUACAUCGAAGAAAGGUUUUGAGACCUAUAAAGAGCAAGACACACCACCACCAGAUGUAAAGACUGAUUACCAGUUGGAUGGAGGAGAGUUUGGAAGUUUUUCUUUAUUGUCCCAGCAAAUUACCAGAAAAGAAAACCAGUUAGGCUGUGACAGUGAGGAUACCACACAGUUUCUGGAAAAAGAAUGCUAUCACAAAAUCUCAAAUGACUUUACUGAUCAAAAAGAACAUACUUUGAAAGACAUAAAAAUUAAAUCAAACAUCAGUCUUAAUUUAAAGAAGCUGAGAACUGCUGUAUCAAAACUAAAAGUGGCACCGAGUAGAGUACAACAACAAGGAAACUUUGACGAUGCUCAGGAAAGUCCUGCUAAAAAGAAAAGGUAUGAUACUAAUCAGUACAGUGAUAUAAGUGAUUGUGAAUCAGAAGCAGAUCAUGUCGUUACCAGACAAUCAUCAGCAGAAAACGGAUACCAUGUAUUGGACUGUAGUGACAUAAGCAGUGAGUCAGAUACAGAGAAGUCCAAAUCAAGGCCCAUUUUCUGUUACAGUGAUAUAAGCAACUCUGAUACUGAAGAGGGGAUCCCCUUACACAAAGAUACAUACAGUAAACAGCAUUUUGAGGGAGAUCUUGGUCUUGAGGAAGUAUUGAUUGAUCUCGUCAGUGACAGUGACAAUGAGAUAAAUCAGCCCCUGUCUUUAUGUCCUAAUGUGUUGAAAGAGAAAAAACAAAGGGAGGGUGCCAAAUCUUGCAAAAAGAAACGCAGGAUCACAGAAGUUCAAAAAUGUACAGGUAUUAAAAAAAGAAAAGAAAGAGAGCAUACUUUUCACACUGAUUGGAAAGAUGACUGCACAUUCAGCAAAAAACGAAGAAAAUGUGCUGUUGAAGAAGAUAGUGAUUUUGAAUGUGCAUCACCCAAAAAACACUUGAAGGCAGAAAGGAAUGUAUCUGACCAGAUUGUGCGAACCUCGCUUCAGCAUUUGCUGCAUUCUACUGAUGCACCAGAGGAUGAAGAAGAAGAAGAAGAACAAACCAGUGUGAGUUCACUCAGGAAAUUCAGUACAAGUAGCCACCAACUUCUGGUCAGUGAACCAAGUAUAGAUGCCAAUUUAGGCAGUGAUGUACAACCAAAGUCAUUCACGUCUGCACAAGUUCAUUCCAUAGAGGCUUGCUUGGAAGAAGGAAAUUCAUUUAACUUUCAUGUGACCAAAAUGGUGGAGGAUUUUACCACUAGCAGAAUGCGCCCUUCAGAAAAGAUGGUUGUUGACAUUUUGAAAGACAUACUCAUUAUAAGUAAAGAUUAUACAAUCACCAGCAAGGCUUAUAAGGCACUUAAACAUGUUCAGACUCUUCAUCCCCCAAAGAGGAAUAUUCCUUUCCAGUGGGAUCAUAUUGAACACAUUCUCAGAUGUCUGAGCCUUCCUGACAGUGUGAAUGAGCAAGAGCCUCUGUCUGUCGCCAGUACUGCGCUAGGGCUUGAAAUAAUAGUCAGUUACCUGGAGAUGGAAUUGGCACAGCACAACUUAUCUGAUCAGAGAGAUGUCAAGAAGUCUGUGGUAUAUAGGUGGCUCUGUGCUGAAAGCAACUUCCAACAUGUGCAACAAAUAUUGGCAUGGUUGUGUAGUUGCUUUGUUUUGGGGGAACAUGACAAUGUCACAGCUUCAUUCUCAAAAUACAAUGUAAAAAGAGAAAUUGCACUGAGUGAGGAUGAUAGUUCUGUGUGCCACAAGGAUGUACCAGAAGUCUUGCCCCUCAUUCAGAAACUGUUGUCACUCUCUUUGAGCGUGACUCCACAUCCCAUUGACAGUGCUAGAAAAAUUGCAGUUGAACUGGCCAGAAAUUACAUAAUGCAGCCAAGUAAAGAAACACGUCAUCUUCUGCUGUCUACAAUAUGUAAUCAUCUUCUGCGACUUCAUGUAGUGCAAAGGAUUCUGGAGGAUUACUGUGAUGGAGACUAUGCUAUAUACAUGAAAAAUGGCCAUGGUAGUCUUUUGGAUAUGCUGGAAUGUUACAAAGACUGUGUUCCCCCGCCACGUGCCACUGGUAACUUGACCCCUCCCUCAUCCCCAGGCUGUAGCCCCACCCCUGAGGAUCAGGAUCACAAGCCUUGCCCAGGACACAACACAAGUGACAUGGAGGAACUGGUGAUGCUUCUGUUCAUGUUAGUGGAAAGUUACGUAAGGAUAAAAAAAGAGAACAUCUACAUGCCCAUCUGGGCCAGACAGAGCAUUAUCUCAGAAAACACAGAGAGUGAGGACAGAGUCACAGAGGUAGUCCAAGAACUCAGGGCAAAGUUUUCACAAAGAGAAAGUGGACAAACACCCAGAAUGGAGAUGUAUUUUGAUUGUAUAGAGUCCAUCAUUGAGACUUUCUGUAGUUAACCAAUUUUUUCAUCAUUUACCGGGGAUGCUUAUUCAUUCUUUGUUUACAACAGUUGUUAAUGCCCCACAGAAUUCAAUUAAAUUAUUUUCUAUAUUUGAUAGCAUUUUUUUACCGAAACCUACAACUGAAACUACUUGCCUGAUAUGUUUCUAAAAAUUUUAUUGAAAAACAAGAACUCAUUAACAACCAGAAUGAAAUACCUUAAUGUUACCAAAAAGGACAAAAACACUAUAAUUUAAUGGCUCAACUUUUGAUUGCAUAAUUUUCUCUUUUAGUAACAUUGGGUAAUUUAUUUUUAGUGUUAACCAAAUGUUGUUUUUGGUUCUUGGAUUCUACAUUAGACACGAUUUGAGUUGAUUUGAAGAAACCUCUAGUUUGAUUACUACAUGAAAAAAAAAAAAAAAAAAAAACGCAGAGAAUCGAAUUUUAUGUAUAGGGGUAGCUGAGAUUUAUGAGGUCACUUCACACAGUAUAAUUUACUUCUCAGAAAAAUUCAUGGGCACCUCCGGCAAGGGUUUUAUAUCCAAAAUGUUAAUUUAC